AUGCCUUCUAAUUCAGCUAAAGUUUUCUAUAAUCCUUCUUGCUGUUGUGCACUCAACUUUCUCAAUCCUGUGAGCUAUAUCAUGGCUGUCACUACCUUCAUUGAUGAAUACACCUCGCCAGUAUCACCAUCGAGGAUCUUUAAGGCCUCAAUUGUUGAUUCUCAUAGCUUGAUCCCCAAGCUCAUGCCACAAGCUAUCAAAAGCGUAGAAUUCUUACAAGGGAAUGGAGGCAUUGGAAGCAUUAAGCAGAUCAACUUUGCUGAAGGAGGAGCUUUCAAAUCUGUGAAAUACCACAUUGAUGAGCUGAAUGAAGAGACUUAUACAUACAGUUACACAUUAAUCGAAUGUGAUGCUUUGGUUGACAAGCUCAAAAAAAUAACUUACGAGGUCAUGCUCAAGCAGUCUCCAGAUGGUGUCUCGAUUUCGAAGGUAACAAGCAAGUACUAUACUUCGGGAGAUUUUAUGCUCAAAGAAGAAGAAAUCAAAGUAGGAAAGGAAAAGAUGAUGGCAAUAUACAAGGUUGUUGAAGCAUACCUUCUUCAGAACCCUAAUGCCUAUGUUUAA